AUGCUUCGCAGAUUCUUCAGCUUUCGCAGACCAAAACUGGAUGAGAAGGAAACAGUUGAUGAGCUUGAGAAAGAAAACAUUGCUCCGAACUCUCAGGUACAAAUAAAUUUAAAGGGACAGGUUCAUGAUUCAGCGCAUGCUCAUUAAUUAAAUUACUUUUUUCCAAUUUAUUAGUUAUUCUAUCGAUUAAAAAUCCAACUCACAUGUAUCUCAGUGAUCUCAAAGUGUAUUUCAAAGUAGAAGUGCAUUUCAGAGUAACCUGAAGUAGAAUGGAGGGGCACUAAAAUCGCAGAAAAAAAUUAGUGGAUUAUGCCAACACUACCAACGUUGAAUUUAUUGUUAACCCGAAGGUUUUAUUUCUUUUAAGCUAUUUGCACCUAAGCUGAUCAAGUGACUGCCUGGGGAGUUUGCAGAUUGGUUCUUUGACAACAUUAUGACAUGAUCAUAUUGCCUACAUAGACGGUACAGCAUGUCCUGGCAGAAAAACAGCAUUUUGAUUAAUGAGCAUGCGCUGAACCGUGAACCUGUCCCUUUAAAACAUCGUUGGUAGCAGAACAGAGGUAUAUCCCGAAUGAACAGGGAUAUCCGUCAAAAAAUUAUAAUUAUUAAUUAUUAGAGACCAAUAUGGUGUGGAUCAGGCUUUAUUUGGCCCUUGCCUAGUCCCUAGGCCUCAUUAUUCCGCGCGGCCAUUGCGUUUCGAGUUACGUGGUCCGAGUGACUUCGUCUCGGAUGGUCUCGUAUUCGUCACGGAAAUGCAUUGACUGACAAGAACACACUGAAUAUUGACUGAGAAGGCCUGGAGACACGCCCUACAUGGAGUGGGUAAAUUUGACCCCUAGAUGGGUAAAAAUAUUGGCUUUCCGUCCUGAAAACCAUAAUUGAGACCGUUUAUAUUUUUAAGUGAGAGGACGAGCAUUUCUCCAUCUUUCAUGUCUGUCCCACCCCUCUCCCUCCCCGGAGUUGCAGAUACUUCCACAUGUCAGAUUUUCGCUUUUAUAGAUGUCCUUUUUAUGAUUGCAGACAAACCCGCUGGCGAUCUCCAAGACAACCGUGGGGGAAGGCAAAACAAAUUCAACUGGCACAGCUGAAUUGGACACAACAACAAACACAGAAUCCAAGGACGGUAAAGAGAAUCAGAAUCCUCUCGACAAACCCGACAACAAAACUGUUGAGGAUGAACUCUCGCAGAAAGAAAAAGGAAUUUCUAAUUCAGAGCUACAAAAGAGAACUUCUACACUUUCGGAUACUGAA